AUGGAAAAGCGAGCUUGCGGCGAGACUAAUGGCCGUGUCUGCUACGGCGUUGGCGGUGGUGAAGCGCAAAACAUAGACGAGGCCGACAUUGCAUAUGCCGCAUCGUACUUGCGAUAUCUGGCCGACAACAACAACAAUCCAUUGUGGACGAUGCCACCCGAAUUCGACUGUUCGGAGUGGGGAUUACCUAUCGCCGAUGCCGGUACCGUGCUUGUCCUCACCAAGCACAUCAAACCACGCACCAAUUCCUCGGUCACCUAUUACGAUCUGGCUCGCACUAUCGAUGGUGGUGCGGAAGCAACCUCUGCUCAACUGGCUGAGUCUUUGCUGGGUGCGUGUGGAUCUGGAGGUGGUAUGAUGGGUGUCACAAUUGACGACAAGAACCCUGCAUACAACACACCUGCUUAUAAGGCCUCAGGUGCAAGGCCACAGGAACUUGUUGUCAAGAUUGUGAAGGCUCCAGCGGUUUGA